AGUCUGGUAUCGGGGCUCAAGGUGACGACAUCGUCCUGGUGUAUUGCGAGAUUGGGUAGUCAUUGUGACUCCAAGUGGUUUGAGAUAUAAUUCGAGAGAUGACCUUUAAGGCGUUGCUCAACUACGGAGGGUACCAUCACGAUGCGCCAACACCGCCUGCUAUGGAUAGGUACCACGGAGGUGGUGCACACUAUGAUCAUGGACAUGGCUGGCACAGCAAAGGGAAGGGUGGUGGAGGCAACGGCGCAGCACUCAGUGCGUUGACCCUCUUGGCUUUUCUCUUCCUCAUGAAUGUGAUGCAGCAAUCUCUGAUGGAGAACAAUGCCACCGAAACGACGACGGCUACCACGAUAUUCUUACGCGAAGACCAACAGCCAAUUUCCUUAACAGCAAGACAAGACGGCGAUAAAAGCGUCGAAAAGGACACUGCCGAGAGCUCCGUCGAGAAGGAAGUGAAGAAAGAAAAAACGUACAUUAAGAUAAUUAAACCGAACUGAGAGUUUGAAAACACUUUAUUACUAUUGCUAGACUGCAUAAUAUUUUAAAUUAUUUAUUUAUUCUUUGUACCUAAUUCAAUUUAUUUAU